AAAUUGUGACAAUAAUCAUAUCUAAGAUCUCUACUAAAAAUCUAGUCUAUAUUUUGUAUGGCUUUUUGGGUGUAUUUCUUUGUUGUUGCUUCAUUUUGAUGUAAUUUAUAGAUAAUUGCUGCUUGGCUUAUUUAAUUUAAUUUCAUAACACUUCUGUGAGGCUUAAACAUUCAAUCUAAAUAUCAUUCAUACGGUGUGUGAUGGAUACAUAAGCGACAGGUGAAUAGGACCAAACGUUUCAGUAGAUGGCGCUGUGUAUCUGUUUCAACAGCUUCGUCAUCUACAACACACGAAGAAGGAGAAAAUGCAGGAUGAUGGCUCCUGACAGCAGUGACGGUGUGACUUCGUGUGCUUGUAAAGGCAUUCGGCGGUGUCUCGUAUGUGAAAAGCUCAAGGGAAACGGACCCUUGGAGGCACACGAACCAAAGAUUGUGCAUUACUUCCUCUACGAUCCUGAGAAGAGGCUUGCCAUUGGUAAAGAUGCCACAGCUGCAUCUUUCCCCUUUCCUGGGGUCUUCCUGUGGGAGAACUUCAUAUCAGAGGAGGAGGAGGAAGAGCUGAUACGCACGAUGGACCAGGAUGUGUGGACCGAGUCCCAGUCUGGUCGAAGGAAACAGGACUUUGGCCCAAAAGUAAACUUCAAGAAAAGGAAAGUGCGUUUUGGUGGCUUCAGUGGACUCCCUCCUUUGAGCCAAAAACUAGUGCACCGAAUGCAACAAGAGCCAAUUCUAUCAGGCUUUCAGCCUGUGGAGCAGUGCAAUCUGGAUUACCAUCCUCAGCGAGGCUCUGCCAUCGAUCCACACCUGGACGACUCCUGGCUGUGGGGGAAGCGCCUGGUCACCAUCAACAUGUUAUCGGACACCACGCUCACUAUGUCUCUUGAACAGGGUCUGCCAGAACUAGGACUAGCAGAGGAAGUCCACGUAGCUGUGCGUCUGCCUCGCAGGUCUUUAGUCGUGUUACACGGUGAGGCGCGUCAUAGGUGGAAACAUGCCAUUCAUAGGGAGGAUGUUCAAGCGCGCAGAGUGUGCAGCACCUACAGAGAGCUGGCUGCAGAGUUCCUACCUGGAGGGCAGCAGAUGGAGCUGGGAGCUCAGCUGUUGAACAUUGCUCUGAGCUUCCAAGGAACUCCAAUAUAGACUAAACCAACAAUGCAGAGGAAGGCUGGAGAGACCAAACACCUUUGACAUGUCUUGAGGUUUCCAUUUGUGACAUGUUGUGUCUUAUUUGAGACUUUUUUGACUAAAAAGACUUGGAAACUGAAAUGGAUUUCACACUUGGGUUAUGUGGCUGUUUCACUCAGUUGGUCCCAGUUCUGUCUGUAAAAACCUUGUCCAAGGUAUUUUAAAGGACUACAAGCCUUGUUGAUUGCUCUUCAGGGCUCCUGAGACCAGAAGCACUAAUUAGCUCUGCACCAUGAAUAGUUGAAUGUACCAGAGAGGAAACAUUUGAUAUAAAAAACUGAACACCUGAGUAAGUUGUUGUUCACCUACGAUCCUUUAAAUCAGAUGUGUUACUCCUUCACACUUUAGUUUAAUUUCUUCAGGUCUUUGGAUCUCUGGAAGAGGGAAGACACAUUCUUCCAAAUUCCAUCAUUUGGUGUUUUGAUGAAGGAGAGGAGGGUCUAACACUUCUCUGCAAAAUCUCCAAUAGGUGUUCAGUUAGGUUGAAAGAAGAUGACUGUUAUGGGCAUAAUGUGUGAUUCAUACCUUUUUUAUUCUCAUCAUUCAGUGAGCCUUAAAGCAGUUAUGUCAUCAGAAUUAUUUGAAAGAUUGGAUGAUUUCUUGAUACUUGUGCUCACUGUGACUUGUGCUUAGCUGUCUCCCAUUAUGUCAUUUCUGCUUUAAUGACACGUUUUAAUUAAUUCGAGCAAGACUCUCUGCAGCCUUUAUCAAUAGCUAAUGUGAUGACAAUUCUAGUUGACUUGAUGAAUUAAAAAUCAAACACAACUCUCUAUAAAGUACAGUUGUAUGACUGUAUCACAUGAUGUGUCUUUUCAUAGUUUCAAACCUACUGUCCUUCAAACAUACAGUUGUUGUUGUGAAUAACAUGAAUGUGCAGUUGAUACCACAGAAUUUUCAAAAAUAUUAUUGAUUACAUUGCAAUGAUGCCAUGAUGUAUAUUGGUUACGGUUCAUGUAAAGGUACUAUAAUGCAUAAAAGGAAAUUUGCAACAAACACUGUCAUUGCCAUUGAAGCGAAUCAGACAUUUGUCACCUGAAACAGUCCUGUAUAGCAGUUGAGUAUAUUAUACUAUUUUUAUUUAAUCAUGGAUGGUUGGUCUAGAGAUGUAAUUGUCCAAUUUCCCCAUACCUUUUUUUCAUCUUUUUUUUUUAUAGAUAUAGGGAAAGAAACUUGGCAGUGUCUUUUAAUAAAAAAGAAAAACAUUGUCUCCCAUGCAAA